AAUAUCAAUAUUAUCAUCAAUAGAUACUUUUUAAAAUACCUAACAUCGUGAACUAAAAGUAAUUGAUGAACAAAAUACAGCAAUGAUGUCUAACAUUUGAUUUGUAAAUGAGGAGUAGUUUGGUACAAUUAUUGUUCAACGAUCUGCAUAGAACUGGUCCUUGUCUAACACGAUUAUUCAGUUUUCAACGACAAAAAUCUCUUUUCUUACUCUGGUUGAAAGUUAACCAUAACGAUCAUUCUCUAAUUCAUUAUAGUUGCUGCCCACGAAAGACAUUGGCAACGUUGGGAAAUAGUCGUUUGUGUAAGAAUCUUAUGAAUUUGAAUUCGGAUAUAACAAUUUAAAAGAUUGAAUUUGAGAGCAAAAUAAAGGAAUAAUGUAUAGUUGUCCGAUAAAAUUGCAAUGAAUGACUUUGAAUUCCACACAAUAUUCUAAAACAAAACCAUCGUUGUUGAGAAAGUUGAGAGUUCGAUUAUAAAGCAUUUCUCGUCUUGCAGCAAUUUCGAUUUCUAUGAAGAGAAACCUUCUCUCUCUUAACUUAUAAUUUUUCUUGUGUCUAUUUUAGACUAUCCCUUACGUUCUCCAUCCAGCACCAACAUUCAUCCGAAUGCUCGAUGGCAACAAAAUGGUAUCACUGUGACUGGAGGAAAUCGACAAGGCAAUGAAAUCAAUCAACUCUCAGACCCAUUGGGUUUGUAUGUUGAUGAUGAUCAAACAAUCUAUGUUGCUGAUCAAUCAAAUCACCGUAUUGUGGAAUGGAAACGAGGUGCAACAAGUGGCCAAGUGGUUGCCGGUGGAAAUGGACAAGGAAGUGGAGAUCAUCAAUUGGAUAACCCAUAUGAUGUGAUUAUCGACAAAGAGAGAGAUAGUCUCAUCAUAUGCGAUUAUUGGAAUGGAACAGUGGUUCGAUGGCCUCGUCGAAAUGGGACAAGUGGAGAAACAAUCAUCUCCAACAUCUAUUGUAGGGGUUUGACAAUGGACGAGAAUGGAUCUCUCUAUGUCACUGAUGUUGGAAAACAUGAAGUGAGACGAUAUCGAAGAGGAGAAUCUCAAGGAACAGUGGUUGCAGGUGGCAAUGGAAGUGGAAAUCGUCUCGAUCAACUCUCUUACCCCUCAUACGUAUUCGUCGAUCGAGAUCAUUCAGCGUACGUAUCUGAUGAGAUAAAUCAUCGUGUGAUGAAAUGGAUGGAAGGUGGAAAAGAAGGCAUUAUCGUGGCAGGUGGUCAAGGACAAGGAAAUGAUCUUACACAAUUGUCAUCUUUUCAAGGAGUCGUUGUUGAUCAAUUGGGCACUGUCUAUGUGGCUGAUCUAGGGAAUGAUCGAAUCAUGCGUUGGCCUAAAGGAGCCACACAAGGAAGUGGCAUUGUUGGUGGAAACUGUAGUGGAGGACAAUCAAACCAACUCAAUGGACCCGUCAGUUUGUCAUUCGACCGGCGCGGCAAUCUCUAUGUUGUCGAUUAUGGAAAUCAUCGACUACAAAAAUUCAGUAUCCAUUCAAAUGCAUAA